CGCGGGUGUUUUGACUGAAAGCGUUAUCUACGUUUCAAAAAGUGUAAUAAAUAUUUAUAGUGAUAAGAUUUCAGAGAUAUAACGAAGAUCUCUAAGCUAUCAUAAGGUCACAAUAUUUUACGUAUAAAUUAAAAUGGCAUAUAAGGUAUAUUUUUCUUGUAAAUAGUAAAAAAUCGGAACGUCGUCAAGUUUCUAAAUUUUAUUAUUUUUGUACUGUAAAAUAGAUUCGUCUAAAUAAUGUUUGUAUUUAUGUUUAAGUAAAAAGAUAUUAGGUUUUCGUUUGACAAAAUAGCUGCCCGGUUUGUAUCAUUACUUUCUCGGCAGCGGCGCCAGUGUGAUCGUACCGGUGUCGGUGUUACGAUAGACUAUACAUACCUACAGUAUUGUACAUACGUAGUGUAAAGAUGGCGUCGACGGUGUGUGUUUCUCGAUGCCGACUGUUAGCUAAAUUAGAAAUAAAUCGUGGUUUGUGUUUAUCACCGAUAUUUAGGGAUUUGUCGAAUAGCAGGGAGUCAUGGUGUCGUCGUUGGCGGCCCGCGCGCCGUACAUUCUUCACAAGUGUAUGUACACAUGGAUCUAAAACACCAACAAAAGUCGAGCAUGAAAAAUCUGAGGAGGUGACAGUAACGUACCGGCGCGGUUUGCCGGUACUCACCAUACCACUGCCGUCGCGGCGCGAGCGAUGCCGCUUCACACUCCGUCCCGUCUCGCAAACUGUCGGCGAUCUAUUAGAACAGGUGAAGGCUGAGGACCGUGGAGUGGAGCGCGCGACUGCGCUGGCGGCGGACGAGCGCGUGCGCAUCGCUGCGAGCGACACCAUCGAGGCUCUGCUGGAGAGCGACUUCCGACUCAUCAUUAACGAUACAGAGUACUAUGUCAAGACGCCGGCACAGGAGCGCCUAAGCCAAGAGGAGGUUACGCGGUUAAGCGACGUGCGGAACUUAGUGAACCAGCUGUAUGAAGCGCUGAACGUUCGAGAACACCAGAUACGUAAGGAGCGGGAGUUGAAGGCACAGCUGGAGAAACUGUCCACUGAGCUGCAGCCCUUGGAGGAGAAACGUAUGAGCCUCGAGGUGGAAACUACACGUCGUACAUCAGCCCUCACGUGGGUGGGUCUUGGAUUAAUGGGCGUGCAGUUUGGUGUGCUAGCUCGUCUGACCUGGUGGGAGUAUUCUUGGGACAUCAUGGAGCCUGUCACGUACUUCGUCACCUAUGGCACUGCAAUGGCCGCUUACGCCUACUUCGUUUUGACUAAACAGGAAUACGUUUUACCUGAUGUUAAAGACAGACAGCACCUGUUGACUCUGCACAAAAAAGCGAAAAAGAUUGGACUCGACAUUAAUCAUUACAACAGUCUUAAGGAUGAGAUAGCGAAACUAGAAAAAGACCUCAAUCGUCUCCGCGACCCUCUUCACAUUCAUUUGCCGAGUAACCUAGGAGGUAAGGGAGGUGGAGCUGAUGACAAACGUUCUCCUCUCUCGAAAAUAAAGGACAUGUUGGAGGAAACUAGCAAGAAGAUGAAAAUCACGUAAUAUUGGCUCAACGUCACGCGUCUUGGUCCUAAACGAUAAGGCGCGGUCCUUCGGUUCAUUAGGGAUAAAUAAAAAAAUAAUAAGCUUGUUGAUAAAUAAUUUCAAAUUGCUUACUCGUGUGAGAUGUAGCCCGUUGAAUAUUUAAAUUGAUAAUUAUUUAUUUAAAUUUGCGUUCCAUUUGACAGCGUUCUUUUUAUGAUGUGAUGAUGCCGUUUUAUUUUAAUUUGUAAGACAUUUGAAUACGUAAGGAGCUUUUGACACAUAUAUUUUUAUUUUUUGACGUAAUAAAUAAUGUCAUCAACGUGUUGACAUCCACACUGAAGCAGUUUGUACACUUUUGUUUGUAUUAUAAAGUUGGUUGUAUAGAAAUAGGUACAGAAAUUGUUGUUUUCAUAAAGCCUAAUGUGUCCGUACAAAAGGACCAAGUUUCAAUGUCCCUUAAAAACCAAAGUGAAUAUAUUACUUCUUGCCUUAUCUAUUUGACUUAGUAAAAUUUACAAAACGAAAAGAAAAAAAUGGUUCUUCGUAGGAUUUUUCAAUGUUAGCAAAUUUCCUUCUUUAAAAUAACUAGUAUAAUUUUAAAAUUUCGCUCAGUAAAUUGUUUCCUAAUUUUAUUCGUAUUUAUUAUUUAAGGUACUAAAAAUGAGUUGAAGGUUUAGGUUUGAAAUUGUGCAAUACACUAACACAAUACUUGGGUGCCAAUGUAUUAGAUAUUCAAAAAAUUCAGGGGAUGUUUUAUUUUUUAACAUAGUUUUAUGAAAUCUAGUCUUUUAACUAAUAUUCAAUGUAGUUCGAAUUAUUGAGUUUGAAAAAUAAUUUAAAAACAGACAAAAAUAAAAAUUGUACAGUAAUUUUGUUUUCAGUAUUUUGACAUUUAGAGUUAGACAAAAUGGCGGGAAUACAGAUAAAAAAUAGUGUCCAUGGAUUAAUUUUAGAAAUUGUACAAUUUAUAAUUGUUGUCUUUGGAUGAAUUUUAAACGUUUUCGUGUUUAUUUUUGAUGUAUAUAAAGCCAAUGUCAAUACAAUUUUUGUUAAAUAUUGCUCUUAAUUUUAAGCAUUAAUGAAAAUUAAAAAUUGCACAAAUAGUCUAGUUUAGUUAGUUGACCAGAGGCUUGUUCGUUUGACUGCAUAAUGUUGCCAGUUUGUUUUUAAUUAAAUUUUAUUAAAUAA